UUACGAAUUGCUGUACGAAUUACACAUACCUCCGCAGGUACAAUACGAUCGCAACAACCACUAACAUCCAGCAAGAUGAGGAAGAAGAAUUAGACAUACAACACCCGCAACGAAUUAGUACACCGCAGUACAGUACAAUCCAGAAUACAAUACAAUACGCACACACAACACCAUGAAAUUCAACUACAAGCUCCAGCGCCUGUGCGGAGCCUACUACGGGAACCCCACGGUCACCGACUCCCACGGCACCCGUGGGGGAGCGGGAAAUUCUUCCAACAUUUGCUAUACGAGCGACGGGAACACCCUGAUCAGCCCGACGUCCAACCGGAUCCAGGUCAUCGAUCUGAAAACGCACACGGUUCGGACGCUUCCCCUCGAGGCACGGAGCAACGUCAGGUGCAUCGCCCUGAGCCCCAACGAUGCGGUGUUGCUGGUAGUCGACACCAAGAACUACGCCAUGGUGGUCAACCUGGUAAGGGGGGUGGUUCUCCACCGCUUUCGCUUCCAGCGCAAGGUCUUGGAUGCGAGGUUCAGCCCGUGUGGGACCUACCUCGCCGUCACACACGGCAAGCACGUCCGGGUCUGGCUGGCCCCGAACCACCUGCGCAAGGAGUUUGCUCCGCUGAUCCUCCACCGAACCUACACCGGCCAGUCCCAGGACGCGACGCAUCUCUGCUGGUCGGAGGACUCGUCCGUGCUGCUGGCUGCCUCGAAGGACUGCACCGUGCGGAUCUGGACGCUCCACACGACGAGGAGGUACCAGCCGACCACUCUCAGCGGCCACAAGACGCCGGUCGUCGGGGCCUAUUUCGACUACCGAGAGGACGCAGGCAGYGGCAACCGAGUCAUCGACAAGAUCUACACGCUGUCCCAGGACGGAGCCCUGGUGGCGUGGAAGUGCGAUCCUCCGCCCAAUAAUGACGACGAAGACGAAGACGACGCGGUGGUGGAGGAGAUCGAUCUGCCGCCGGGGAACGACGAGGACUUUGAGGCCCGCGUCGACGACGCCAUUGAUUUCUUUUCCGGCGGAGCGGCCGGGGGRCCAGCUUCCAAAGCCACCCGAUCGAAAUCGACGGCUCCCUUUUCGAAAUCCGAUCAGGCCCACGCGCUCGUCGGCUGCACCUGGCGGUACGGGUCUCGCCACUAUUUCCAACAGGACGGGGCCAGCCUCGUGGCCUGCGCCUACAACGACCGGACCAAGCUGCUGGCGGUCGGUUUUUCCUCGGGGAUUUUCGGCAUCUACGAGAUGCCCUCGGUCGCCAACGUCCACACGCUCUCGGUCGGAUCCAACCAGAUCAUCAAGACGUGCGUCCUCAACCAAACCGGCGAGUGGCUGGCCCUCGGAUGCCCGAAAUCACAGCAGCUCCUGGUGUGGGAGUGGCGGUCCGAGACCUACGUGCUCAAGCAGCGGGGCCACGCCUACGGGGCCCGCUGCAUGGCCUACUCCCCGGACGGCGUCGUCGUCUGCACCGGUGGAGAGGACGGCAAGCUCAAGCUCUGGAAUGCGUCCAGCGGUUUUUGCUACGCGACGCUCGGGGAGGGUCACACGGCYCCCGUCGGGUCCGUCGCCUUUGCAAAUUCCAGCGUCGUUCUCAGCGCCGGGCUCGACGGGACCGUCAAGGCCCACGACCUGCACCGGUACCGGACCUUCAAGACRCUGACGACGCCGACGCCCUGCCAGUUUUUGUCCCUGGCGGUCGAUCCGGCSGGGGAGAUCGUGGUGGCCGGGGCAAUGGAUCCGUUCCACGUCUACGCCUGGAACCUGAGGAACGGGCGGCUCCUGGACGUCUACACCGGGCACACCGGACCGGUUGCCCAGCUGGCCUUUUCGGGGGGAGGGGGACUCCUGGCGAGCGCCUCGUGGGACGGKACCGUCAAGCUCUGGGACAUGUACAAGGCGAACGUGGCGACGGAAUCCCUCUCCCACAAUUCGGACGUCGUYUGCGUUGCCUGCCGGCCGGACGGGAAGGAACUGGUCAGCGGAACCAUCCGCGGCCUCCUCUCCUUCUGGGACACGGAGACGGGGAAACUCAAGCACGAGCUGGACGGGAGGAGGGACAUUGCGGGGGGCCGCAAGGAAAACGACCGCAUGGCUUCCGACAACAACGCGAGCGGAAGAUACUUUACGAGCGUCUGCUACUCGGCCGAUGGGUCGUGCGUCCUGGCCGGGGGAAACUCCAAGUACGUGUGCAUCUACGAGGCGCAGCAGCGGAUCCUGCUGAAAAAAUUUCAGGUCACCUUCAACCGGAACCUGGACGGUGUCCUGGACGAGGUAGGUACCGGCACGCAAGAAGAACGCGAUGAACAUUCGAAUUGGAUUGGAUUGGAUUGGAUUGGAUUGUGCCCUAUUGGGUUCUAUGGUGCCGGAUUGCAUUGCCGCCCGUGAUUUCUUUGAUGGCACGCGAGCGCGAUGAUCGAUGUAUUCCCAUAAACGUUUCGCAGAACUAGCUGACCGAGGCGUGAGACCCUCGGCUCGUGGAGCCAAAUUUAACUUCCUUGGAUGUCUGAGCGCGAAACUAUUAUUUCAAGGCGUGUGUCGUCAUUGGGUCUUUMGACGGUAGCAGCAAGUGCCAUGAUGCUAAUGCAACUGCAAAUCCAUUCAACCAUGCAACUCCAUUGGAAUUCGAAUUCGGUUCGUUCCGCUUCGUUUCAAUGACACUUCUCGCGAUGUUUCACAAUGCUGUCUCCCGAUUGGUCCCCCUGCUCACAGCUCUGUCUUUUUUUUGUACCUGUUUGUUGCUUGAAAUCCGCUCCAGCUGAGCUCCAAAAACAUGACCGACUUUGGCCCCGUCGACGAGCACGCCGGCGACUCGGAGGACGAGACCACCUACAACGCCCUCCGGCUCCCGGGUGCUAAGCGGGGUGAUGACGGAUCGAGAUCUUCCAAGGUCGAGGUCCUGACCAGGCAGGUCUCCUUCUCGUCGACAGGCCGCGAAUGGGCCGCCGUCUCCGGGGAGGGCCUCCACGUCUACUCGCUCGACGGGGACAUGGUUUUCGACCCAAUAUCUCUGGAAGAGGCAAUCACCCCCUCUGCGGUGAAGGAGAACCUCUCCCUCAAGAACUACUCGCUGGCUCUGACAAUGGCCCUCCACCUGAACGAGGACGCCCUCCUGGAGCAGGCCCUGGAGGAGAUCCCGCACGCGUCCAUCGGGAGCGUCGUCCGGACGAUCGGGCCGGAGCACCUCGAGCGGCUGCUGGCCGCCAUCGGAACGGCCAUGGAGUCCUCCCCGCACGUACAGUACUACCUCUCGUGGUGCCUCGAGAUGCUCCGGACCCAUGGGGUUCACAUGGACAGGCACCGGUCGUCCUUUAUGAGGGCCUUUCGGUCCGUCCACAAAGCGGUGCAGACCAAGCACGACGAGCUCAAGACGAUCUGCAACCAGAACCGUUACGCACUCGAGUUCAUAGAGAGCCAGGCAUCCCUGACAACGGCCGCCACUGCAGCAGCGUUGGCGGUGGGUAAGGACUAGUGCAAACGACGCUUCCGAGAACGAGAAGCAGUGAACAAAGAAAAGMAAUGCAA